GAUUUGUCAACGAUUCAAAUGUGAAGUCAUAAGUAGACACAUAAGGGGAAAAUAUAUUAACCACAAAAUACAAUAAUGCUAGAUAAUGCGUUUAACAGUUACCUUAACCUACAGACCUACCCGAGUGUAACAAAGCGUAUGGUUUUAUUGUAAAUAGGAUAUCGACUAUUUAAACCGUAGAAUCCCAUCCAGAGAUAGAGAACUACGGAGUUAAUGUAUCACAGAUAGUAUACAUCUUUGGAAAUAUAUAAAAUGUAGAAAAAUGAUGCAAAUCAAACGACAAAAUAUAUUUUUAAUUUUCGUGUUAACGUAUUUUAUAUUUUCUACGAACGGAGGCCAGAUUUUUGAUCGUGAAAAAAAUAUUAAUAACAAUUUAAUAAACAUUAAAGUGAAAAAAGAAUUUCGCGAAUUACGAAUUGCAUUUAAAGGAAUACUUGUGCUUGAGACUUCGGCUUUUCAGAAUUCGUCAUAUGAGUUACAAUUUCGUCAGCUGACGAAUGGACGUGAUUUUAUUCAACUUCUUCUACAAAAUGGAUUAAUAAAAGAUUGUGAAUAUUCCAAAGAACCAAAACGAAUUCUGCAGUUUAUCGAGAAAUUUUCUGAAUCUGAUGAUAUUUUCAAGCCGGAAACCGUCGAGGAAGGAGAUGCUUUCAAUUUAUAUCACAACGGCGAUGCCUCAAAUGGCUCAUCCGCCAUCCAUCAUUUUCAUCGUCGGAAAGAAUUAAAAGAUUUUAGGAGUUUUGUUAAAAUUAAAAAAGCUAUGAAACUGUGUAACGAGUUUGUAAGAGAAACAUUGGAACAAAAUCAUCAGUAUAACAGUUUUCAGUACAUUCGGGUCAAAAAUGGAAUGCGUCGGGAUGGAAGAGACGUGAGAGACGGACACAGUAUUAAACAUGAACUACCUCACGUUACAGAGGGAGGCAGACGAAACAUGGCCGACACUCCCGCCACAGAACACCACAGACAGAAGCGUGCUAUAGUAAAUCAAUUCUUAAUGUUUCCUGGAACAAAAUGGUGCGGACGUGGACAGACGGCUCUGCACUAUGAUGACAUUGGAGACGAUCGGGACGCUGAUGUCUGCUGCAGGGACCAUGAUUGUUGUCCAGAUUUGAUUCCUAGUUUUUCUACCAAAUAUAAUUAUUUCAACUACCGUUUUCACGCCAUACUUCAAUGUGAAUGUGAUGACAAAUUCAGGAGCUGUUUGAAGCAGUCGUAUUCCCCUAUGGCAAGUUUCAUUGGGCGUAUUUACUUCAACAUAAUGGGAUCUAAGUGUUUCACUCUGAAGAAAGAUGUUGUAUGCGCAGAAAGGUCUUGGUGGGGAUAUUGUUUGAGAUAUGACGAAGAACCAGUAGCUCAAAUCAAAUCUCAGGAAUCAUUUAACUGUUUCUAGACUUUUAUUGCAAAGUCAAUGUACGGAAAGUUGACCAAAGAAUGGUUGAUUGGUAAAGGCGAGACAAAAACUGAUAAUCUGAUAGUCCUGUCGUUUGGAUUUUUUGGUGUACAGAUAGAGUCGUUGAUUGGCAUUGGGUGAACGACCACACAUUAAGCGUUUUGUGAUCAAUUGACAGUUUAGUACCAUCGCGUCGGCAACGACUGUUUUGCGACGUCAAAAUGGUUAUGAAGGUUCGAAAAGAACAUCCAGCAGCCAUUUGAAUGUUUGCAUACAUCAAUCAACCUUUUGGUCGCAUUUCCGUACAUUGAAAAUUGCUAGUGAUGUUUACUGAUUCCAGAAAUCGGCCAGUACAUAGUUAUUGCAUAUUUAAGUAUAUGUACUAAAUAACUCAAAACUACUUAAUUUAUUUAAAUCACUGAAUUACAUGUAUUAUACAUUAAUAAACUAGGACAUAUAUAUGGUAAAUUUAAUUUUCGUACAUUUUAUUAUUGUCUGUUUUGUAUCAAAAUAAAUUUCGAUCAGUUUCAA